AUGGCCUUCAUGGUCAGCAUGGCUGUCAUUAUCGAAGGCCAACCACAAAACUCCACAGAACUCCUGGCGGAUGCCUCAGCUGCAUACCCGAAAUGUGCGCUCGUAUGUACAGCUGAGAUUCUUCCUACCUCCGGAUGUUCUUCUACAGAUGUUGAAUGUAUAUGUACCAAUAUUGCACUCCAACACAACGUAACAGCGUGUGCGCAAAAAACUUGUACUAUUCCUGAGCUUCUGACGACAAAGAACGUCACGGAUACUUUAUGCGGCGCCCCAGUGCGCGAUAGAACUUUGACAGCGGAACUUGUCGGUCUGAUUGGUGUGGCGGAUCUUGGCCUCGGCAAAGAUAUAUGGACAUUACCGCCUCAAAACAUAACUAAUAUCCUAAAGUUCUACUAUGUCAGCGAAGUUAUGUACAAUGCAGCAAUAGCAACAAUCAAGAUCUCUUUCUGUCUAAUGUACAUACGAUUAUUCCCCUUUAAGCCUUAUGUAUAUUGGGUCUAUGGAACACUAGCACUUUGCAUCGGGUAUGGGAUUAGUUUCACGGUUGCAACUAUUUUCCAAUGUACGCCUGUUACUUAUGCAUGGUAUCAAUGGGAUAAAUUACACGAGGGUUUCUGCGGCAACUUUCAUCUCCAGGUCUUGAUGAAUGCAGCGUUUAACGUCGCAUUGGAUAUAUUGAUCAUUGCAUUGCCAGUAUGGAAUGUAACUCAAUUGAUGAUGGGUUGGCAAAAGAAAGCUACAGUUAUUUUCAGUAUAACACGUCUCGCAAAUAUUGGAUAUUUCAGUUUAAUGGAACUAUACGUCGGGAUCAUCAUCGCAUGUAUCCCAGCACUAAGACCUCUUGCACAUAAGACUCUAGUGGUAUUCAAUUCGAUUACAGGUCAUUCUCGUUUAUCGAAUUCAAAAGCCAGAUCCCCGUGGUCGAGUGAUGGAGAUAGGUUUCCGAGGAAAAGAAUUAUUAGGAAUAGGGAUGAGUCGAUCCUUAAGGAGACGAUGGUGACGGUGACGGAUUUUAAGAAGAGCCUUGUUUGA